UUUUGUUAUCUAAAAUCAAAUGUAAUUUUUUGAUUUUGAAUGCAUUGAAGUUUUUUGGUUGCCACUUUUUUUUACAUUAACAUUUUUUUGGUUACUUUUUCCGCCUUUUGUGGUGACUAAAGUUACUUUUUUUGAGAAAAAUUUGAGUACAAUCCCUGUCAUCUCAAUCUCAAACACAAUAAUAUUAUCUUACACUCGAACAGAUAUCUAGGAUACAAUUACAUAUCUCGUCUCAAUGGUCUGAAGAACGUUCCCAAAUUGGAAACACUUCACAUUCAAAAACAAUGUAUGAAAGAUGCAACCAGUCUGAGCUUUGAUCCUGAAACCGUAGUCGAAAUAUCGAAAUCUCUUCACGAAUUGAACAUAUCAGAUAAUGGGAUUACAACAUUGAAAGAUUUACACUCGUUGUACAAUUUAACAUUCUUGGACGUGAGCAAUAAUUUACUAUCGAAUUUAGUAGAUAUUUGUGACGCUGUAACGAAUUGGAGACGUUUGAAAAUCCUGCAAAUUGAUGGGAAUUUGAUAUCGAAACGCAAACGUUACGAAUACGAGAUUAUUCCUGUGGCUCCAAACUUGGUCACCUUAAACAACAGACAAAUUAAUAACGCUACGAGAAUAUUUUUGCAAGCUCUACAGAAGAUUCGAAGUAAUCGACAGAAGAAACCGAAAUACACCGGAACGCCAUUUAGCUCAGAAACGAGAAGUUUCGUUCAUCAACUCCCUUUGGAAUUCCAGGAGAUAGUUUCGAGAUCGAUAAUGCAUAAGAGGAAACGACUCGAGCCUUUACAUUGUUGAGUCGACGAUUCGAUUAUAUAAGAAAAUGAUGUGGAAAAAUAUCCCAAACACGAUAAAUUAUCGUUUAAAUAAGUUCAUUAGUUUGGUAACCAUAAUAUAUAAGACUAUAUUUUCAAAUAAAUAAUAAAAAUAGACGUAAUUAUAUACAAAAAUAAUGUGCUAUUUCAACGAAACUUUCAAACGUGAUAAAUUUUAACCCGUUGAAGUAGAUAAACGUUAAAGCUAAACCAAGUUAACACAACAAACAUGCUGAUUGACUAAACAAAAUACUCAUCGAAGAUUUCACAUUUAUAUCUUCAAGCACCACGUAUUCUUGAUACGAUGAAAAUAAUAUCGCUGGAAAUGUACAAGUUGCUUAGAGUGUGAGGUAAGGUAAAUGAAGAAUGCAUAUUCGGUGAGACGAAAAUACCAAUUUAAUUAUCUUUCUUAUCGUCGACCAAUCCUUCCUUCGGUUCGGUUACUUCUUCUUCGGUUUUAUUCUUCUUGAUGCAAGGGCACGAUGCGAACAGUGAACAUUCUGUUAUGUCUUUCGGUUUAUUCGAAUCUAUUUCUCCUUUUUUGGCGAACGGGUUCCAGAAUCGGAGUACAUAAGGUUCGAUGAAUUUCCAUAUGAUUAAUAAAAGUGGAAUUACAACGCAGGGUACACAAGCGAAUGCCAUUUUGACAAUAGCUGUAAAAUGAAGGCAGAGUAGAUGAGUAUUAUGAGCGACACAGGGUGAGAAUUUGAAUAAA